CCAAUGGGGAGCCACGCGCCGGUGGCGUAGAGGAGAUGACGAAAAGAUAACGGCUACAGCGAGCCGACUAUCAGGCCCCCUCUGGGCUUUUCCAGAAAGGCCUGAAGCCAGUCUUGCAGAGGGCUUGGAGUAGACGUUGGAUGACAGAACCCUGGGCCAUGCAGGGCGCUGAGGAGCCGGGGGCUGGGAGCGGCAGCCAUGACCUCUCAGGAGAAGCCCCUGGGGCCCGGUCUCCCCUGCUGACCACUGGUUAAAGGGGGCUACUGCUCAAGUAUGGAAAUGCAGCACCAAUUCUUGGACAACCAUAAAACCUCACAAGCUUCAAGCCCCCAGAGGAAUCUCCAAAUCUCAGAACUUCCCUGUCACUGCAGCCUAGAAUUUAAGACCCAAGACUGUUUGGCCCAAGGAAACCUGGGGGUUUUUAAGCCCGCCCAGCACCAAAGAAGGCAGAGCCCCCACUUGCCAGCUCUGUCAUCUUGGGCAAGUCACUCGACUACUUCGCGCCUCUGUUUUCCCCAUCUGUAUAACGGCCAUGAUGACAAGAUGGACCGCAAAGGGCUGUGGUGAGGAUUGAAUGUGAUCACUUGGGAGAAUCGUCCAGCACGGUGUCUGGCUUGUGGAAAAUUGGAGAUAAAUGUCAGCUAUGGGGAUGAUGAUGGAUAUAUGGCAUCUGAAAACCUUGGAAACUGGGAUUUUUCAAAGUAGAAAAUCGCAAAGGCUGAGGGCCUCAGAAGCAUCAGGUCAUGGUGUCCCUGACUAGGAGAGGGUCGGGGCCCUAAGGGGCCUCUGGGCUUCGUGAGGACGGAUGCAUUAACACCGGGGGCCUCAUCAGGACCUUCCCUGUAGGGUACCCUCCAGGUUAGAGCUCUCAGGCCCUACGAUGUUAUGAGGCGAGACUUUUCUCCCUCUCCUCACUCAGUGAUGCUAAGUGGAUUCUGGGAGGCAGUAAUUCUCAGACUGUUAGAUUCUGUGACUUGUGCAUUUUCCUCUGUGAAAUAACUUCCAUGCCCCCCUCUGUGGGGAGAUGGAUUGCAGAGCUCCCCCUCCUUGGGCAGUAAGAGCAGUGAUGACCAUCAAUUCUACCUAAGGGGAAAUAGGCAUGGAGCAGGGCAAAGCCUCUGGAAACCCAGCCCUAUUCAGUUUCUUUCCCUGGUUUUUUUCCCGUCCCAUCACAUUCACAGAGUGGUAUCUCUGCCUGCUUGGGACACCUCCGUGAUUUAUUUGAGUUUUUUUUUUUUCCCUUGUUUUUUUUUUUUUUUUCUAACUCUACACACUUUUGUGUAAAAAACUGUGGUUUCUCAUGAGCCCUGUUAUCUCAUUGAUACCUCUCACCUCUGUGGCAAGAGGAAGAAAUCAUAUUUUCAGAUGACUCGUAAAGGGCAAAGAAAAAACCCAAAAUUUCAAAAUUUCCGUUUAAGUCUCAUAAUCAAGAAGAGGAGAAACAGAGCACGCGAGAGAGAGAGAGAGAGAGAGAGCAAGAGAGAGAAAAAACUAUGAGAACCCCCCCCACCCCGUGAUUAUCAGCACACACACUCAUCGAAAAAAAAAAAUUGGAUUAUUAGAAGAGAGAGAGAGAGGUCUGUGGCUUCCACACCGUGGUUUUUCUUCUCGGUAUAAAAGCAAAGUUGUUUUUGAUAUGUGACAGUUUCCCACAAGCCAGGCUGAUCCUUUUCUGUCAGUCCACUUCACCAAGCCUGCCCUUGGACAAGGACCCAAUGCCCAACCCCAGGCCAACCAAGCCCUCGGCCCCUUCCUUGGCGCUUGGCCCAUCCCCGGGAGCCUCGCCCAGCUGGAGGGCUGCACCCAAGGCUUCAGACCUGCUUGGGGCCAAGGGCCCGGGGGCAACUUUCCAGGGCCGGGACCUCCGAGGCGGGGCCCAUGCCCCCACCUCCUCCUCUUUGAACCCCAUGCCACCAUCGCAGCUGCAGCUGCCCACAGUGCCCCUAGUCAUGGUGGCACCCUCCGGGGCACGGCUGGGCCCCUCACCCCACUUGCAGGCACUCCUCCAGGACAGGCCGCACUUCAUGCACCAGCUCUCAGCGGUGAAUACCCACGCUCGGACCCCGGUGCUGCAGGUACGCCCACUGGACAGCCCAGCUAUGAUCAGCCUGCCGCCACCCACUGCUGCCGCCAGCGUCUUCUCCCUCAAGGCCCGGCCCGGCCUGCCGCCUGGGAUCAACGUGACCAGCCUGGAGUGGGUGUCCAGGGAGCCAGCCUUACUCUGCACCUUCCCAAGCCCCGGCACACCCAGGAAAGACAGGUCAGUGGAUCAGGCUGGGAAGGACCCUUGCCCUGCCGUUGCCUCCCCUUACACCCUCUGUCCCCCUAGCGCCCUUUCGACCGUGCCCCAGGGCUCCUACUCGCUGCUGGCAAAUGGUGUCUGCAAGUGGCCCGGUUGUGAGAAGGUCUUCGAGGAGCCAGAGGAUUUCCUCAAGCACUGCCAGGCGGACCAUCUCCUAGACGAGAAGGGCAGGGCACAAUGUCUCCUCCAGAGGGAGGUGGUGCAGUCUCUGGAACAGCAGCUGGUGCUGGAGAAGGAGAAGCUGGGCGCUAUGCAGGCCCACCUGGCUGGGAAGAUGGCCCCGACCAAAGCUCCAGCCACGGCGUCAUCGGACAAGGGCUCCUCCUGCUGCAUCCUAGCUGCAGGUACUCCGGCUGCCCCUGGCCCAGCCUGGCCCAGCCCCCAGGAGGCCCCCGACGGCCUGUUUGCUGUGAGGAGGCACCUCUGGGGCAGCCAUGGAAACAGCACGUUCCCGGAGUUCUUCCACAACAUGGACUACUUCAAGUUCCACAACAUGCGGCCCCCCUUCACCUACGCGACCCUCAUCCGCUGGGCCAUCCUGGAGGCUCCCGAGAAGCAGCGGACACUCAACGAGAUCUACCACUGGUUCACACGCAUGUUUGCCUUCUUCAGGAACCACCCUGCCACCUGGAAGAAUGCCAUCCGCCACAACCUGAGCCUGCACAAGUGCUUCGUGCGGGUGGAGAGCGAGAAGGGGGCCGUGUGGACCGUGGAUGAGUUCGAGUUCCGCAAGAAGAGGAGCCAGAGGCCCAGCAGGAGCGCCAACCCCACACCCGGCCCCUGACCUCAAAACCAAGGAAAGGAGGAAGGAAGGACAGGGGCCAAAAUGGGGGGUGGAAGUGGCCGGGGGCAGGGGUGACGGGCCCUGGACGUGCCCACAGGGACCAAGAAGUGAGGUGUGCACAGUCUUGCCUGCCAGGGACCCUGAUCCUCAGCUGACCACCCUUCUAGAUCGUAUGCUCUGCACCAAGGCUGCUCAGAGGGGCCCCGGCCCCCCGGCCCACCGGCCCACCUUCCUGCAACAAGCUCUUUAGCCAAACUGAGCCUUCACAACCAAGCACACACAGCCUGCCUCAGUCGCUCUCAGAGAUGACCUCAGGGCUGGACAAGACACACACACAGCCACAACCCUGUCCCUUGGACACAGUACAAAGAGCCUGCCUCAGUACCCUCGGGCAACCUCAACUCCGCAGUCCCGCAGACAAUCAUACCUGAGCACAGUCCUGUCAACCCACGCACCCACGGCCAUCCCCCCCGCCCCGCCCUCACCUGCGCUGUGCCCAGGACCCCGCCCAGAAGCAGCCUUGGUACCUUCAGGAUCUCACGUCCCAAAGAGCCACACAAACACACCCCAGUCAUGCACAUUCUCACGCAGCCCCCAAAACAUCAGCUUGCUCACGCAGCCCACGAGAACACACCCGUGCAUCUCAUGUCAUGCACACGCACUUGGCACCCCAGUGGGUCUCCGGAGUCCCAAGUGGGCUUUCACAGCCACACACAUGGAAUCGCCGAACAGAUCCCAUGUCUCACCUGCCGCCCGCCGCACCUUCCCAGCCCUGAACCCUGUGUCCCCAUCCAGGCCUCAGCUUAGACUGCAGACAGAGCCCCUCGUUUAUUUGGGAUCCAAGGUCCUAACCCCAGUGCCCUCUCCAAUAAACUGCAGCCGAGUUCCCACGUU